AUGGCGACAACAGUGCAACAAUGUAUGGAUUCUUCCAUGGUUUGGUUGGCCAUGUACUUUUUCUUGAAUCUUGGCCUCACGCUCUACAACAAGGUCAUCAUGGCCAUGUUCCAAUUUCCCUUUCCUUGGGCUUUAACAGCAAUUCAUACUCUUUGCGGUACCAUUGGUUCUUAUAUUUUCUGGAAAGCUGGUAUUUUUAAACCUGCAAAACUGGGCGAAAGAGAGAAUAUGGUCAUGCUGAUGUUCUCAGUAUUGUAUACGAUCAAUAUUGCUAUUAGCAAUGUUUCUCUUAAUCUAGUAACUGUACCUUUUCAUCAAGUGGUUAGAGCAAUGACACCCGUGUUUACAGUCAUGUUGAACGUUCUAUUCUUGAAAAAAACAUAUUCUGGUAUGGUUUAUACAUCACUUGUACCUGUGAUUGCUGGUGUCGCAUUUGCUACUUUUGGAGACUACAACUAUACUGCCAUGGGUUUUAUAUUAACAGUGUUGGGUACAGUGUUGGCAGCCAUCAAAACCGUGGUUACAAAUCGUGUUCAAGUUGGACGUCUCAAGCUUCACCCAUUGGAUUUAUUAUUGCGCAUGUCUCCUUUGGCUUUCAUUCAAACCAUGCUCUAUUCAUACGCCACUGGUGAAAUGGAACUCGUGCAAGAGUAUUUUCAAACAAAACUUACAACAACCGCUUUCUUUGCUUUAUUGCUGAAUGGUGUUAUCGCUUUCUUUUUAAAUGUCGUGAGUUUCACUGCCAACAAAAAGACAUCUGCUUUGACCAUGACAGUUGCAGGUAAUGUGAAGCAAGUGCUCUCCAUUGUUUUAGCAGUAAUUAUUUUCGAUCUGAGUAUUACAGCAACAAAUGGAUUGGGUAUCGUAUUGACAUUGGCUGGUGGUGCUUGGUACAGUAAUGUGCAAUUAAAUGAAAGCCGCAAAAAGGCCAAGCUGCUGGGUGGCGAUUCUUUGUUGGGUAUGAACGACAAAAAUGAGAGUGAACUUUCCAAUAUCAAGACACACAAAUAA